GCCCAGCCCUGCCCUCGCUCCCCGCCCCGCAGCGCUGGGAGGUCCCGAGCGGCACGGGACGGGCACGGGGACAGCGGGACACGGGGACAGCGGGACACGGGGACACCGGAGCGUCCUUACCGAGCGGGGUUCCUUGCGGGCGCUCCUGUCAGCAGUCGCUGCUGGUGCCUUGCUUCAGUCCUUACCCCAGAGAAAGAGAGAACUCUCACGGUUUACGCUGGUAUCAAACUACAAGCAGAUCUACGACAAUGCAAGGACCUCCACCUGCCACAGCACCUGGAAUGCCCUAUGACUCCCCUCAGCAGGUCCCCGGGGCUUACCAAGGUGCAGGGAACUAUGGAUUCCAGGCACAGCCCAUGGGGUUCCCAGGAGGAUUCGUUGCUCCACCUAUCCAGAGCCAGCCCACCAUGGAUGGGGCAGUCUGGAUGCCUAUCCCCCCUUCUAUUCCCAACUGCCCUCCUGGACUGGAGUACCUCACACAGAUUGACCAGAUAUUAAUUCAUCAGCAACUUGAACUUCUCGAGAUCGUGACUGGCUUUGAAGAAAACAACAAAUACGAGCUGAAGAACGCCUUGGGGCAGAGGGUGUACUUUGCAGCAGAGGACACUGACUGCCUGACCAGGAACUGCUGUGGGCCAUCCCGGCCCUUCACCAUGAGGAUUGUUGACAACCUGGGCCGUGAGGUGAUAACGCUGCAGAGACCUCUCCGCUGUGACGCCUGCUGCUGCCCCUGCUGCCUGCAGGAGCUGGAAGUCCAGGCGCCUCCAGGAACAACAGUUGGUUAUGUUGUCCAGAACUGGCAUAUCUGCCUGCCAAAGUUUACCAUUCAAGAUGAGAAAAGAAAGGAUAUUCUGAAAAUUAAUGGCCCAUGUUUUGUGUGCCGGUGUUGUGAGGACAUUCAUUUUGAGGUGAUGUCUCUGGAUGAGACUUGUCCUGUUGGGAGGAUUUCUAAGCAGUGGACUGGUCUUGUGCGGGAAAUGUUUACAGAUUCAGACAACUUUGGAAUCUCAUUCCCAAUGGACCUUGAUGUGAAAAUGAAAGCUGUCAUGAUUGGUGCUUGCUUCCUGAUUGACUUCAUGUUUUUUGAGUAUAGAGGUAAUUAAGCAUCAACGAGCAGGAGUUUGGUAAUGAAAUUUACAUGUUUUCUAUGGAAGGAAGAAGAAGAUGGAUCUCCCAAGUUUCCAAUGAAUUGCAGACCUCCAAUAAGAAUAUGAGAAAUGUACGUGUUAUAGUUACAUUUCUGUAAGCCAAAAGCUUUAUGGGUCUUUUCUAUUAUUUGUUUAAUAUGGUGAAAUAAUUUGUAGUAUUCAAAUAAGGACUCCUUAUCUCUAGAAAUCAAUAACAUCAUUUAGAGAAAUAUAUAGCAAACUUUUUUUUCCCAAGAACUUUGUAAUUUUAAAGUAACUAGUUAUAGUAGUUAUUUAUAACUACUAUGAUAAUACUUUGAUUCCUAAAAAAGAGGACUACUUCUAUAUUCAAUGUUAAUAAUAACUUAAGCCUAAUAAUGAGAGACUGAUGUUUUCCUGGGUAUUCUUCUUUAGUAGUUUUGCCUAGGUCUUCACAUUCAGUUGUUUCCAUCUAUCAAAUAUAUACAUUCUGAGCAAAGUAAUGCAUUUGAACAGAACUAUCUGGAGUGAGUGUAAAAUGUUACCACUCUGGUGUCCUGGGUCUGUGUGAGCUGGAGCUCAUUGUCCCCAGCAGCCCUCACAGAGCUGUGUUUGCACUGCUGAUACCCCAGCAGUGUUUUGGUGCAGCUGAGCAGUGCUGGCCCAGCAGCAGCCCUGUCUCUCCAGCAUCCCACAUCAUCCCACCUGCCUUGAGUAGGCUGGGGGUGGGCAAGGUCCUGGCAGGGGACACAGACAGGCCAGCUGGCACAAAUUGACCAAAGGGACAUUCCACACCAUAUGACAUCCACUCAGACACCAAAGAUAAGGAAAGGAGGAGGAAGGUGUUGCAUUCAGUUUUACAGUGUUUGCCUUCCCAAGCAAUCACAUUCCCAUGCUGAAGCCCUGCUUCCCAGGAAGUGGCUGGGCAUUGCCUGCUCAUGGGAAGUACAGAAUAAAAUUUAUCUUUUUUUUACUUUGUUUACGCACACACAAACUUUUGCUUUUCUUUUAGUAAAAUGCUUUGUCUUAACCUACAAGUUGUUUUGUGUCUUAUUUCAUCUCCCCUGUCCCUCUGGGAAGGGGAGGCAUGGAGUGGCUUGGUGGGCACCUGGCGCCCAACCAAGGUCAACCCACCUCAUCUAGUGUUGAAUAUCUUCUCAAAUGUGACUCUUCCUGAGUAUGACCUAGUUUUCUUAUUUGGGCUGUUCUGAAACUUAAGGCUGCAUGUUCAUCAACAGCAGUGUACAGGUGACAGGAAACAAAACAGUCUGUGCCUGCUUCUGUUUAAUAAUCCUUUAGUAACUGCUGUGUGCAGGAGUGUGGCCUGAGGCAGGGAAAAAACUGUUAGUUACUUCUCAGUUUCUCCAGUCCUCUUUGCUCCUCAUUUAGUCCACGGUUUUCACAGAUUGUGAGUCUGUCUGUUGUUUUGAGGGCACAGAGUAAACAGAACAAGUGUUCUGCAUAAACAGAACAGUUUCACUUCAAAGGCAGACACGUGAAAUGGCUGGUCGACUUAGCAUUUAUAGCUUUAUUUAAAUUAUUUAAAUAUUUUAUUUAAAUGUCCAAGCAAUGGAUAAGUUGCAAUUUCUUACCCCAGCACACAAGCACAUGCACAGAAUGGUUCAGGGCAUCCAACUAUGGGGGGAAGUCCUUGCCAGUAUUUUCAGUUGCAUUCUAGUCCUGCUGAAGAGUCCUUCUGUUCAGUAUUUUCAAUUCAUUGGUUGCUUCUGGCCAGUCAAAAAGCAAAAGAAAAGGGAAAUGCCAUUGCUGCUGUGUACCUGGAUUCUCUUUGAUGUUGGAAUAAUUGUGCAAAUUUGGGACAACAGUCCAGACUGUUCUGAAAGUCUUUAAUUGUAUAUUAUUAUUCCUUGUUAAAUUAGCUUCUGCUGCUAAAUUUCCUUAUAUAUGGAGUUGCUGGAGGUGCAUUUUUGAUUCAUCAGCACUAUUCUUAUGGAAUUAACUUAAUAUUAUAACUUAAUAGUUAUAAAUGAAAAAAUAUUUUGUGCUUUAUUGCCCAUCUAUUAAUGAGAUACCAGAAAUCCAAUCUUGCUAAAAUCUGCUAAAAGUUUCUGGUUACUUGAGUUAGGAGUAGAAGCUACAUGUAUCAGAAACCAGACCUGUCCUCUAGGGAUUCACGUGGCUAAGUCCAUCAUUGUUCUUUUUCCUGCAAGGGGUGACACACAGCUUCAUUUCUGUCUGUAGCUCUGAAGUCCCAGGCUCAAGCAUAUUUGAUCCCUGCACUUCAGCAGUUAUUCAAAUAUUUUUAUAAACAUUGUUUGGGAGUAUUUGGAAAUACCUAUUAACUUCCAUGGCAGGUGCUGCAUAGAAUUUAAAUUUACAAUUUGCAUUAGACUGAGGUCCAUGGCUGUUUGAAGAAUCGUAUUUUGCAAAUAGACAAAACAGGGAUACCUUUGCCUUUGGUGAAAAGGAUCUUGUAUUAUAAAUUCAUCUGCUGGCAAUAAACUGGGGAGGGUAUGAAAAUUUAAGUGAGGUGUUAGGAGGGUGGCGUAAUAGGACAUAACCAGGAGACUGUUUCAUUCCUCCAAGUAAUUAAAUUUUUUUCAUUCAAUUUUUUUUCUUAGUUAUUCACCCUACGUCCUGGAAGCAGCAUUGUUCCAAUAACCUUGCAUACAAAAUCACAUAGAAAAAUUAAUGUACAUCUCUAUAGGGCAGUAAGGGAAGAAUGGGAGAAUGCCAAUCAUUAAGAAUGAUCAACUUCACAUCAAGAUGUGUAGGGAAACAAUGCAGGAAUUCUUGUAUCUUAAGUAAAAUUUCAGUUGCAAGCAGUAACAAUUGUGUGAAGCCUAAUCAAAGCAAAGAUAUCUGUGCUUACACACAGGUUUCUCAAAUACAGUGAAAUCCAACAUUGAAGUUGUGUAAGUUUUGCUGUUGCCCAUUUAGAUUUUUUGAUUUUGUGUUGCUCAAGGUCAGAUUGCAAUGGUCAGAUUGCUGCAGUUCAUUCCUUUACCGUGUAUUUAGCAAAAUUAGUAAAUAAGGUGAAAAUUUAGAUAACCUGAGAGAAUAAGUGAAUCCAGCUAAGGAGUAAGAAGUGGCAGCUAAGCAUCUGAGAUUUGCCAGAAUUGUGGUAAGAACUGGAAAGAAGUUCUGCAACCUCAGAUCAUAAAACAACAGAGAGAGCAUUGGACUUGGAGGAACUUUCCAUCAUCUGGGGAACUGGAUAACUGACACUGGUUACACAGCUCAUAAACUUUUGUCUUGUGAAACAGUUCACUCUCUCUCAUGAAGGUAAAAAUAUUGCAUGGGAAGUUCUAACUAAAGCUGUCCAGGGCUAACUCUCUAGUUACCCAAACAGUAUCUUACUGCCUUUGUCAUCUCAUUUUUUUUCUGUUGCUUUUUAAUUGAAAAAUGGUUAGUCCUUAAAUUUUUCAAGAACUUCUGGAGACUUGCUCAUUUCUGAAACU